AUGCUCGUUGAGAUCAUUCCGAUGGAAUCGAAACAUUACAGCAUCAGUCAGCUCUUGGCUAUUCGUGGCACAAAGCUGCAAUGCUCGCUCGAGCAGACGUUGCUUGACAAUGCCCAGGAGAAUCCUGUUUUGACGGGUAUCCUUCGUAACAAACAAUUCAUUCCCCAGCGAAGAGUCCCUCUGAUCUCUCGUGCCAACAUGGAAAUCAGAAAGUCCUCUGGCGACUCCGAGCGUCAAGCACCGACUAAGCUUCAAGCAUCUCAAGCCACUGCUCCGCUCCAUGGCCACCCUGUCCGUACCCUUCGUCACGUCAAGGCAGACGUCAGUCAGCUUGAUGGAUAUGCUGGCCGACAGCUUGAUGGACAAGAUGCCGAGCCCGAACUCCAGCCCGAGGCACCUGCCCAGCGACCUGUCCUCCCCGACCAGAAGCGUAAGGGUUUCGAGCAAUUCUACGAAGCCGUUCGAUCUCCUACCCACGUCCGCGUCACUGCAGGAGGUAGAAUCGUUCCCAAUACCAUUGAUGCCUCUCACUCUUCCCCUACCGGAAAGAGCAGCAGAGAGAGAACCGCUGGGGAGAUCAAUGGCGUACAGCCUUCCUUGGGACAAGCCUUCAAUGGCCCGUUCAUGCCAGGACCUCCGCUGAUGGGCCCUGUGCAUCCUUCUAUGCAUUCUGGAUUCUCCAUGAUUGCACCGGGUCCAAGUCCCAUGGUUCCCUAUGGUGGAUUCGCGAUGCCUCCUUUCGGCAUUGCUCAGGCCCCGGCACAAGCACAGUUUGCCCCCCUGAACAGCGGUGCGAUUCCUGUCGGCAACGUGGAUGACAAGAAUGACCAGAAUGAUGGUGUCAUUCCUAACAGUGGUCCUAUGCCCAUGCAUCCAUUUGGUGGACAAUGGUUCCUCCCACCUCAUCCAAUGAUGUCCAUGGGCAUGCAAUUCCCCGGUACACCAAUGAUGCCCAUGGCCUUCGGUCCAGUGGGCCAGCCGAUGAUGUAUCAGCACACUCCUCAGCCCAUGCCUACGGCAGGCGUCAGACCCUUCACGCCGAAUGUGGCGCAAACCGAAGCUUGCCCAGUUUCAUCCAUUCGCCCCAGCAUCAUCACCAAGAACCAGCUUGCUGGCCUGCGAUCCAGCCUCAAGAAAGCAGAGGCUCAGUUGGCUUACAAUCGCCAUCAGAUCGACGAGAAGCAUAUGGAAGAGUACGCUCGUCAGCUUCGUUCCGACAUUAAGCACUUUGAGAUCAAGCUCAAGGGCGAGCUUGCACUCGAGGACAAUACCCUUCCUCAGCGCAGCGAUUCAAAGGAGGUGAACGAGGCCAAGACCAUGAAAGAGUCAAAGCCGGCCGCCGAGUCUCGAAAGACGUUCAUCUCUGUCUCGUCGGGAGAUGCCGAGAUCAAGAACGAGCCAGUCCAUGGCGUCCAUUCAAAUGCAACUGAGGAGCCCAGGAACAGCCGGCAUCGCAAGAGGGACAGACUCAAACUUGCUGUAAAUACUUCGGCAGCAUUUGCCCCUUUCAUCAACUCCAACACAUUCGCGACCGUUUCGCCUGUUCCAUUCGACCCUGCGGGACAGCAUCAAAGCAAGGAGUUCGACUCGACUCACAUUCGCAAGCAGUCUUCCGGCCUCCCUGUGUCUGCUGCUUUGGCGCCGGUCUUCCAGCCUCGUUCCGACAUUCGCCGUCCUAGUGAGGACACUCCUCCAGUCUCGGCAGUAUCCAAGGGAGAGAAGGAUAUCCGCGGCAAAGUCUUCUUUGGAGUCAUUCCGGCUAAUUCUGAAGAGGCUCAUCGUCUCACCUUCGGCGCCCCGCCCACACCCGCUCUUCGUAUGGAGCAGUUCUCUAAAUUCUGCCGCGAAAACCCUGGCUUGGGUCUACCGUACCUCAGAGGCGAGGUGCCUUUUGGUAUGGACCCUAGUCCUGAUAUCAAGGACUACAUCUACCAUCGUCCUCUCAACCAGGACGAGGAGAUGGCCAAGCAUCUGUUCUGGAGCGAUGCCCCUGAGCACCUGCGUGCCAACUUUCCCAAAUUCGACGGCAAGAACUUCUACCCGCCGUCGCCCGAGAAGCCUCGCAUGGUCACCUCCAAAUUGCCGACCGGACGGCCCGAAGAAGACUAUGGCUUCUCGCUGAAGUCGGCGGGUAUUGAUCCUUUCGCUCCCUUGGAGCCCUACUGUGAGGAUCCAUUCGAGAAGAUGACGGAGGCAAGAAAAGAGAAACAAGUGAUGGAUCUGAAGAGAGACACCAAGUCGGACAAUGUCACUUCGCCCAUGAAGCGUCGCAAUAAGUCACGCCCUGUUGCCCACUUCAACAGCCAAGGCCUUGACCAAUCGAAGGACAGUACGGGUUCGUCCGACAACGUCAUUGAGACCGAUUCCGAGAGAGCCUACUUCAACUCGUGGCAAAGAGUCACUGCGGCGGCGACUGCCCUUCCUGGAGCUGUCACUUCGGAGAAUGCCCAAGGCUAUCUUCCUCAAUAUGCCACCGGCAACGCCGCGGCCUCCUUGUCACCCGCCAUUGCCAACGCUGCAAACCAGUCCACCCGCCUGUCGUCGUCCAAGCUGAACGACAACGGCAAAUUGGAUGCCAGCCAGGGCUUGCUUGUCGCACCAACUGAUGGUCGCGUUGAGAACCAGCCUCCCAGCCGUUUCAUUAGACGCAGUGCUACGGCGGCUUCCAAUAUCACGGCAUUGAUUUCGAAUAUCCCGGAGCCGUCGCCGUUAUGCUGUGAGAGGGUCGUUCUCGGUACACACAUCGUGCAUCUCGUCCUUGGUAGUUUGCUCUUUAAAGGAAGGUGGAAGAUUGGUGGCAUGAAGAAGGAAUGA